AUGGCAAAGGUCCUUGAGUCAGCCACCUUCACGCUCGGCAACGGCAAGCAGGCCAAGAUCCCCAUCGGCCAGUUCAUCAACAAUGAGUUUGUCGAGUCAGCAUCCGGCAAGCGUAUGGACGUCUACAACCCCGCCACUGGCAAGGUGAUCGGCCAGGUGUCAGAGGCCGACGCCGAGGAUGUCGACCUCGCCGUCAAGGCUGCCCGUGCCGCAUACGAGAAGAACAACCGCCAGUGGGGCUUCAUGAUGCACGCACAGCGCGGAGCCAUGCUCAACAAGCUCGCCGACAUUAUCGAGGCCAACCAGGAGGAGCUCGCUGCUAUCGAGGCCACCGACACAGGCAAGCUCUACAGGGACGCGUACUCGAAGGACAUUGCUGGUGUCGUCGCGACUCUCCGCUACUUUGCUGGUUUUGCUGACAAGAUCACCGGGAAGACGUACAACGUCAUCCCUGGCCUCCACGCGUACUCCAAAUACGAGCCCAUUGGCGUGUGUGGCCAGAUCAUCCCUUGGAACUUCCCCGCCGCCAUGUUCUCGUGGAAGAUUGGCCCGGCGCUCGCGACCGGUAACGCCAUCGUCAUCAAGUCGGCCGAGACCACUCCCCUCUCGGCCCUCAAGAUGUGCGAGUACAUCAGGGAGGCUGGCUUCCCUCCCGGCAUUGUCAACCUGAUCACCGGCCGCGGUCCCACCGCCGGCCAGGCUAUCGCCGACCACAUGGACGUCGACAAGAUUGCGUUCACUGGCUCGGGCCCCAUCGGCCGCAAGAUCAUGGAGACUUCCGCCAAGACCAACCUCAAGCGUGUCACCCUCGAGCUCGGCGGCAAGUCCCCCAACAUCAUCUUUGACGACGCCAAGAGCGCCAAGGACGCCGCCGAGUGGGCUUUCUUCGGUAUCCAGAUGAACAUGGGCCAGGUGUGCACGGCCGGCUCGCGCAUCCUCGUCCAGGAGGGUAUCGCGGAGGAGUUCACCAAGGAGUUUGUCAAGCUCAUGGAGGGCGUCAAGGUCGGUGACCCGUUCGACGACAACACGACCCAGGGUCCCCUCAACUCGAGCAUGCACUUUGACCGCGUGUACGGGUGGGUCCAGACCGGGUGCAAGGAGGGUGCCGGCACGCCCGUCUGUGGCAAGGACAUGCGCGAGCAGCUCGGCGGCGGCUACUACAUCUCCCCCACAGUCUUUACCAACCUCAAGCAGGACAGCCAGAUUCUGAGCAACGAGGUGUUCGGGCCCGUCGUCUCGAUCCAGACGUUCAAGACUGAGGCGGACGCCAUCGCCGAGGCUAACCGGACUACUUACGGCCUUGCCUCAGCCGUCUUCUCAUCCAACCACGAGCGGCUGCUUCGCAUGAACGAGGCCAUUCGCGCCGGCACCGUCUGGAACAACGUCUACAACUUUGCUCACUUUGGCGUUCCCUUUGGCGGCUUCAAGCAGUCGGGUAUCGGCCGCGAGAACUCGGAGGCUGCCCUCUACAACUACCUCGAGACCAAGUCGGUCAUCUCGAACAUGGGCUACGUGCGCUCGCCCAUGGCCAACCUGUAA